UUUUAUUUAUUUUCGCGCAUCUGACGCAAAGCAGUCGAUUUAAAACAUCUCAAAAAGACACACGUCACGACUCACUCUUUUAUCAUUCAACCCCCGUGUAUACAAAAACAAAAUGGCGCCCAAGAAGAAAGAGAAGAAAGGUACGCCGAAAACAAGCAAAAAAUCGCCAUCGACUCUUACGCAACCAAAAUCUUUCGGAGUGGAUAUCCACACAGACGACGUGCUUACGGUGAUACAUUUGAUUUCGAGUCAUGAUCAGAAUGUGGCGAGUCAAGCACUUAGUACUGCACGCGAUUACUGCUCAACGGAUGUGAAUCUACUCGAAACUUUCAUGACUUCGGGAUUAUUUCAACAAUUGGACUUUAUAUUGAUUACUAAUCAAGAAAUACACUAUGAAGCGGUGUUACACUUGAUACAUAUGGGUUUGUCCACGCUGAAAACUGAAUUUAUCUUAUUGGAUGAAGCGAGGCCUGUUUUUUCGAAGAUUUCGAAUGUUUUCAUCAAUAAUGAUAAUGAAACUGUGAUUUUAUACGGUUUAAACUGCUUGGGGGAUUUGUUAAGUAAAUUUCCAGAGAUUACCGACUACGUUUAUGAUACAGAACUUAUCAAACGUCUUCUUCACUUCAUAAAUAACACAGAAAUUGAGAAUUUUGAAAUUAUGCUGUGCGCACUUAAAUUAUUCGAAGAUGUCAUUACAAAACAAGAACAACUUAAAGAUAUGUGCAGUUUACCGCAGUUUAAUCCACAUUCAUUGGUGUGUUUCAUGUCGGAAGGUGGCGAUGACAUCCGGAAGCAAACGUUUCAAUUAUUUACGAAAUUAUGCGCGUUUGGUGAGGAAUCUUUCACUGAAAAGUGUCUAAAUGCGCAGGUGCAACAGACUUUGGUUACAUUAUUACUUAAUGAUGAAUAUUUGGACUUUCGGUUUGAUAUUUUUUACUUUUUGAGCUUUUUACUCAAUGGAGAACAGGUAUGUUUAAGUUUUGUGAAUGAAAAAGAAUUUCCACAACUAUUAUCAUAUAGUUUAAAUUAUACACAAGAAUUUGAACUUAGAUACACUCAGUUAUUAAAAUUAUUCGUUAAAUAUCCAAUUGCUAGUUACAGACAGACUUUACACGAUUACGGAUUUGAGAAUGCAAUUUUAUCUAUGUUUUCAAAGACUACUAAUGCAGAAGUACAAAAAGAGUUGUGUACUAUCCUAUUAGAACUUUCAAAUCACCUGUACGGUGUUAAUUUGAUCACGCACGAUGAAAAUUUUAUCCCAACCUUGAUUAAAUUACUCCGUGAUGAUAAUAUGAAGUCCUCAGCUGUUUAUGUGACUCAUUGUUAUCUGAAACGUUCGCCGGACUUUGCGGAUUUAUUCGUUGAACCCCCAAAUGCUGGCAUGUCUGCCAUAAUGGAGAUAUUUUAUUCUUUCGGUGAAGAUUCUGAAACCAAUGAAAUAUUUCCUCUUAUCAUGGAUAUUGUUUCCUUCUACAUGAAACACCCAACAUAUAAAGAAGAUUAUAUUUCUAUGGAUAAUUUUAUAAAAUUGCUGGGUAUUUAUAAAACUAAAGGAGAUGAAGCUGCGAUUCUUGUGAUUAAUAUCCUAAACGAUCAAAUUAUUGAUAGAAAUGUCCGGCAGUGGUUUAUCGAACAGGAUGUGCAUAAAGAUUUGAUUGAGACACUGCGCAUGUCAAAGAAUCAAGAACUUGUGAAGUCCACGUUGAUCUUUAUUAAGAAUCUUAUAUUGUAUAAGAAGAUUGCGUAUUUAUUCUUGACAGCUGGAUUGAUGCCGGUGUUGAAUGAUCUAGGAGGUGAGCAUUACUGCGCUACGGUGUUAACGAAAACAUUGACAUCGUUGUUUUUACCGCUGAAAUUUUAUACCUAUGGGAAAUUAGAGGUGACAGACGCCAUUACAGAAAACUUUUAUUUGAUCAGUGGUAAGUGGCAGGGUUGUUCAACAUAUGAUGUUCCGUUUCCUUUACUAGAAGAGUUGCAAUUGUUGAGGAUGUCUACAAUGGUGACGAUUUACGUUGUGGAUUAUAGUUACACACAACGAAGGAAAAAUUCAUCAUUGACGGAUGUUUCGAUUGGAAAAGAAUCAAAACCACUGCUUAAUAGUGCAUUGAAUAGUAAAUUAAAUGUUUCUAAGAGGAUAUCUUAUGGAGGAGUCGAAACUAAAACAAUAUCUGAUGCUUCAAAAGCUUCUGUGACUGUUUCUGAAAAGAAAUCUAUAUUAACAAGUGGUAAGUCCUUGUCAACUGCAGAUUCACAAAAGAAAUCAUCUAGGACUUUGAAAAGUGCUGUAAAAUCAACUGAAGAUACAAAAUUUUCUGCUUUGAAUGUUAUUCAUGAGAUAGAUGAUGAUGAAAUGGCUUCUAGUAGUCAAAAUAAAGUACAACCAACUACUUCAAUCAUAAAAGAAGUAGAACUUGCUGAAAAGAUUUCAGAGGAACAUAUUGGUGUUCUUCCAGAGAUUAAUUAUGGAUAUUUAUCAGAAGAUCCAUACUUGUAUGAUUAUUUCAUUGCCCUGGAGAAGAUUUUUAAACACUGUGAACCUUAUUUGAGUCUCUACAACAGGAUAUCUAUCAUAGCGAAGUUUGUUGAUGAACAACUCAAAGGUUUCAUGGGGUAUGACACUGAUGUGCCACAGCAUACGUUUCGUUUGCACUUGCAUGCGUUGAAAACGCGCCUAGGGACCAAUUUGAUUCCGAUUGGAUUCCUGCGAAUGGGAUUCACUUGCGAACGAGCGCUGUUGUUUAAAGUACUCGCGGAUUAUUUCAAUAUUUUUACGACGCUGUGCAAGUCUGGGGAGUUGUACUGGAAUGAAAUACCGUUGACUUUUAUGUGUGAUGAUCAACCGGGGAGUAUUGAUCCGUACAAGCAGUUUUUUGUGAAUUUCCUCGUGGAUUUGAUGAAUCAUGUUGGGGGGUUGUAUGCAAUCGGCAGUAUCGAUGCUAAUGAUUAUAUGAAUUUUAUCACAAAGAAUUCUGCUCCAUUAAAUUAGAAAAAAAUAGAAAAAAGUAAAUGUUCCUACACCUGAUUACACUGGACGUAAAGAAAUUCUAGGUUUGUAUUUGGGCAAAAUCAUGGCGAAGGAAAUUGACGUGGAGUUAUUGGCCCGUGGAACGACGGGAUUCACUGGCGCGGAC